AGGCGGCGGCGGGUAAAGGAACCUGCGCUGCUCACGGCUCGGACCCGCUGCGGGUCUUGGUGAGAGGAUUUUUCUUUACUUGGAUCCUCAGUUCUCUGGAUCCUACGAGUUUGGGGGUGGGGGCGGUGCCUCCUCGGGCUAGGGCCCCCCUCCCCGUGGUCAGGGGCUGCGGAGGACUUGGAGAGCCUCCCUCCGGCCCAAGGAUAGAGCGGAGCCCGGGCAGGCUGACUCCCUGCGGGGCUGAGGCUGCGCUGACAUAAGCCGGAGGCCAGGACCUCCCCUGGCCCCCCGGGCCCGGCUCAGGUGCAUUUAGAUACAAGAAGGGCCAGUGAGACCAGAAAGACUGUUCUGUUCCAUAACAUCAGUACCCAGAAGCAAUGGGUCAGGAAUCUGGAAAACCUACCUGGCCAAAACCAGCUGGAGGCUAUCAGACAAUAACAGGCAGGAGAUACGGAAGAAGACAUGCAUAUGUCAGUUUUAAACCAUCUUUAACCAAUCAAGAAAGGAGCUCAAUUCAACAGAGUGGUGAAUGUGAAGGACUGGAACUAGAUGAUGUUCAAAAGAAAAAGGCAUCAUGCUGCAGUCCACUGGUUCAAGUUCGCCCUUCAUUAUCAGGCAUACCUUUAUUAGAAAAUGCUGGAGCUGAAAUUCCCAUUUGUAGAGCAGCACUGACUCAAGCUACUGAGAGAAGUCCAUCACCAUUUUCUGCUAUACAUCAUAGUUUGGAAGGCAGUGAGACUUCAGGGAGCAGUUUGAAUCUUGAUAAUAGUUCUGAUUACUCGUCAAGGUAUACUCCAAGAAAGUAUAAUGUUUCUUAUGUCAAAAAUGGAAUUGCUUUUGUAAAUAUUGACUCUUAUGAGCCAGAUAGCAGUGAUGGAGAGGACAAUAGCCAAAUUGGUAUUUCCACAGUAAAAAUGGAAACUGGCAAAUUUCAGGAAACAUUGGAUGAUAUGCUGUCUGACCUGGAAAAGGGGGUAGAUUCUCUCAGUGGUUUACAAUCUAAGUUCUCCACUUAUAAUUUAAGAGAAGGGUUUGAAGAAAGAGCCCCAGCAUCAUUAGUGAAAUAUUCCAGUAGUGAUACUGAAUUUGUACAUCACAAUAACAGGACACUUGAGAGGGCUUCUGCCGAAGAUGAAACUGUUGCAAAGAAAUAUCUAAACUAUUCCAGUUGUGAGAGACAGAGGAAAAAUUUAAUUGAAGUUCCAAUCAGAACUCCGGUGGAUGUUCAUAAUGAAUUAAAUACCAGUGAUGGAAAGAAGAAUCAGGGAAAUUCAUCUGAAUUGGUAGUGAGACCCAAAGUUAGAAAACAGGCAGGUUCAAGCCAGUUGGACAGGAAAAAUCUUUUUAGUAGUGAUGAGGAUGAAAAAAGCAAUAUCGAGAGAUGGCGAGAGAACUCAGAAGCCGAGGAAAUCCAUUCAGAAGGUCUUUUGAGAAGCUUUAAAGACAAAAAAAAUUCAAGCAUGUUCUUUGACCCAAGAGACUAUGAAGGUGCACAAAAGAAAAUGAAAUAUAACCAAAUUAAACCAGAAACUGUAACUGUUCAAGAAAGGCAAGCCAUUGUAGAUGAUAACACUUUUUGGAAUAGUUUUGAAGAUUAUUGCAGAUACUACUACAAAGGUGAAGAUAGUUCAGAAUGCAGUGAUGGGGAAUGGUCUGCUUCUUUGCCUCAUUUUUCUGCUAGAGAAAAAGAUCAGUCUUCAAGUGAUGAAAGCUGGGAGACUCUACCAGGAAAAGAGGAACAUGAACCUGAACUACAGAGUAACAGUAGUGGUCCUGAAGAAGAUAACCCAGAAUACUCUUUCCAAACAGGGGACCAGACUUCCUUGGAAGAGGGAGAAAUUCCUUGGUUGCAAUACCAUGAAGAAAUUGAAAGUAGUAGUGAUGAGGAAAAUGACCCUGUCAGCCAUUUUGUACACCCAGGAUUUUUCAUGCUGGAUGGGAACAAUAACCUGGAGGAUGACUCCAGUAUGAGCGAAGACUUAGAUGUGGAAUGGAGGCUCCUGGAUGAAUUUGGUGAUGGUUUAGGAGUUGCUCAAGCAAUUUCUUAUGUGGAUCCUCAGUUCCUUACCUACAUGGCAUUAGAAGAGCGGUUAGCCCAAGCUAUGGAGACUGCUCUGGCCCAUUUAGAGUCUCUUGCAGUUGAUGUUGAUCAGGCUCACCCACCUGCCAGCAAAGAAAGCAUUGACUGUCUUCCACAGACCAUCGUUACAGAAGAUCACACUGCUGUUGGUCAGGAACAGUGCUGUGCUAUCUGCUGCAGUGAAUAUGUUAAGGAUGAAAUAAUAACAGAGUUACCAUGUAGCCAUUUCUUUCAUAAGCCCUGUGUAACUCUUUGGCUGCAGAAGUCAGGAACAUGCCCUGUUUGCCGUCACGUGCUUGCACCCAUCCUUUCUGAAGCGACUGCUGCCACUUCUUUCCUGUCUGAUCAUGAUUCCCUGCUUUCAGUCCACACUGCUACAGGAACUCAGUAAAAUUUAGCAUUUGAAAUGGGAUCAUUCAGUCCGUCAAACUAAACUUGUAAAUUCUAAUUAAUUCCAAUGUGAAAAUAAGUAUAUACAUAUUAAAUAUUAUAUAUAAUAUAUUGUUGUUUAGAAAGGAAGCAUUAAACUUUCUAAACCAUAUUUAGGUUUGCAAUAAAAACUAAUAUUUUCAAACUGAAAGUUGAAGCGAAUUGAACCAGUUUUCUUAAGUUGAAUAUGCUACUAUUAAUUGCAGUUAAAAUAAGCACUAGUUAAAUCAAUCUAAAACAAUUACCAUUUAUGUGACACAUUAUGGGUUUGCUUUCUUGCAACUGCAGUGCAGUUAGAGCUUAUUAAAGUUAUGCUUAUAAUCUGUUUUACAUAAUAUAAUAAACUUCUUGGGUUUGUCAGAAAUAGUGCCACUAAGUGACUUUGUAAUUGAUCUCUCAUAUUUGCAUCAAAUGUGAAGACUUUCUGUGGUCACAGCAGUAAUAAAGAUUUGAUUUCACUGGAAAUAAAAUGCAUAAUAAAACA